CUUCCGGAGGGAGGCGGAAGAGACUCUCGGCUCAACCCUCGGGAACCCCUGGACCAGUGAGGGGCCACCUAGGGUACAGGAAAGGGCCGCCGGGGCGGGUUGGCCGCCCUCGGGGUGACGGGGCUGCGGGUCUGAGGGAUGAGGAGAGGCCAUGGCCAGCGACGGGGCCAGGAAGCAGUUCUGGAAGCGCAGCAACAGCAAGGUCCCGGGCAGCAUCCAGCAUGUGUAUGGCGCCCAGCACCCCCCAUUUGAUCCACUGUUACAUGGCACCCUGCUCAAGGCCACACCCAAGGUGCCGACCACGCCGGUGAAGGCCAAGCGAGUCAGCACCUUCCAGGAGUUUGAGAGCAACACCAGCGAUGCCUGGGAUGCCGGCGAGGAUGACGACGAGCUCCUGGCCAUGGCGGCCGAGAGCCUGAACACCGCGGUCGUCAUGGAGACGGCCAACCGCGUCCUGCGCAACCACAGCCAGCGGCAGGGGUGCCACAAGCCGCCGGGGUCUCUGGGGCCCGAGCAGAAGCCAAAGCCUUCGGUGGAGCCUCCUUUGGUCCCGAGUGGUGACCUCCGGCUGGUGAAGUCUGUCAGCGAGAGCCACACGUCCGGUCCCGCAGGAAGCGCCAGCGAUGCCGCCCCUCUGCAGAGAUCCCAGUCUCUCCCGCACUCGGCAACCGUGGCCCUGGGUGGGGUGCCCGAGCCCAGUACCCUCAGCGGCUCAGCCUUAAGUGACAGAGAGGCCUCCCGGCUGGACAAGUUCAAACAGCUCCUUGCCGGCCCCAACACAGACCUCGAAGAAUUGCGGAAGUUGAGCUGGUCCGGGAUCCCGAAGCCCGUCCGUGCCAUCACGUGGAAACUGCUCUCGGGUUACCUUCCUGCCAACGUAGACCGAAGACCAGCCACUCUCCAAAGAAAACAGAAAGAAUAUUUUGCUUUUAUUGAUCACUAUUAUGAUUCUAGGACGGAUGAAGUUCACCAGGAUACAUACAGACAGAUCCACAUAGACAUCCCUCGAAUGAGUCCUGAAGCAUUAAUACUUCAACCCAAAGUGACAGAGAUUUUUGAAAGGAUAUUGUUUAUAUGGGCCAUACGUCACCCUGCCAGUGGAUAUGUUCAGGGGAUAAAUGACCUUGUCACUCCUUUCUUUGUAGUCUUCAUUUGCGAAUACAUAGAUGAGGAGGACGUGGACACCGCUGACGUCUCCUGCGUGCCUGCGGACGCGCUGCGCAACGUGGAGGCCGACACGUACUGGUGCAUGAGCCGGCUGCUGGACGGCAUCCAGGACAACUACACCUUUGCUCAACCUGGGAUUCAAAUGAAAGUGAAAAUCUUGGAAGAACUCGUGAGCCGGAUCGAUGGGCAAGUCCACCGGCACCUGGACCAGCACGAGGUGAGGUACCUGCAGUUCGCCUUCCGCUGGAUGAACAACCUGCUGAUGCGCGAGGUGCCCCUGCGCUGCACCAUCCGCCUGUGGGACACCUACCAGUCGGAACCCGAGGGCUUCGCGCAUUUCCACUUGUACGUGUGUGCUGCUUUUCUCGUGAGAUGGAGGAAAGAAAUACUGGGAGAAAGAGAUUUUCAAGAGCUGCUGCUCUUCCUCCAGAACCUGCCCACAGCCCACUGGGGCGACGAAGACGUCAGCCUGCUGCUGGCCGAGGCUUACCGCCUCAAGUUUGUCUUCGCGGACGCCCCCAAUCACUACAAGAAAUGAGCCCGGGCCCACCGCCGUGGCCUCCCCCGCCUGGGGCAGCACACCCCGCUGCCGGCCGGCUGAAGGCCACGGCCAAGGAGAGGCCUUGCUGGAGCGGCUGGCCGGGACGUGGUCCAGGGCCUGGCGAGGGCCGGGCGGCCUCUGUUUUCUGAGAUACCAAAGAGAGCCAGGGAGGGUCCCGGCCACGCGGGGCCAGAGAGGGGCUGGGCGUUCCCCUCUCCCGACCCUGGAGCAUCCUUGCCAAAUGCCCACCUCACGGAGCCCCCAGCCGGGGCGGCCUGAGAGGCAGACCCUCUCCGAGUGGCCUGCUGUCUGGGUGCCGGGGGCAGAGGGAGGUGGCAGCCAUCUCCUUACCUACUUGGAAAUGUAAAAAUUCUAUUCUGUUGAGUGAAAAAGAAUAAAACGUAGACAAAGUCUUAGUGAAA